AUGUCUUCCUUCGAUCCUACCAGUGUCAACUUGAAUUUGGCCAGCAAGGAAGAUGUCCUCUGCUACCUGGCCAUCGAAGAGAACCAAUACAAUGGCCACAUGGGUGCACGCAUCUCUUCGAUCUUCGUCAUUCUAUUCGUGUCUUCGGCCUUCACCGUUUUCCCGGUAAUCUCCAAGCGCAUGACUCGAUGGAAAAUCCCCUUCAGUGUAUACAUCUUCGCCCGAUACUUCGGCACAGGUGUCAUCGUCGCCACAGCCUUUAUCCAUCUCCUUGACCCAGCCUACAAACGAAUUGGACCGAAAACCUGCGUCGGCGUAUCAGGAUACUGGGGUGAAUAUUCCUGGUGUGCAGCUAUUGUCCUAGCCACCGUGAUGGGAAUCUUCCUCCUCGAUCUAGCAGCCGAGAUCUACGUCGAGCACAAAUAUGGUGUGCAUCGGGACGAAGGUGCCACGAGUGCGUUCGUGCAGCAUGAACAUCACCUCGACGUGGAGCCUGCCCCCAAUACUGAAAAUACCGUACAAGCAUUUGACAACGAGAAACGCAACGAGAUCUCUGCCGAGACAGACUCAACCAUGGCCGAACGGUCCUUCCGCCAACAAAUCGCUGCUUUCCUCCUUCUCGAGUUCGGCAUCAUUUUCCACUCCGUCAUCAUCGGCCUAAACCUCGGUGUUACAGGCUCCGAAUUCGCAACUUUAUAUCCAGUGCUCGUCUUCCAUCAAUCUUUCGAGGGACUUGGUAUCGGCGCCCGAAUGUCCGCCAUCCCCUUUGGCCAUCACACCUGGCUUCCCUGGAUUUUGUGUGCCGCCUACGGUCUGACAACUCCCAUUUCAAUCGCCAUUGGCCUGGGGGUUCGAGACUCGUAUACUCCAGGGUCGAGAGUGUCAUUGAUCAUUCAGGGUGUUUUGAAUGCAGUUUCGGCGGGUAUUUUGAUUUACACUGGUCUGGUUGAAUUGCUGGCGAGGGACUUUUUGUUUGAUCCUUGCCGUACUAAGCGCCGCUCGAGGUUGUUGUUUAUGGUUUUUUGUACUCUGCUGGGUGCGGGGAUCAUGGCUUUGAUUGGGAAGUGGGCUUAA